CCUCCCAAGCUUGCAAAACUUCCGCCGAUUAUAUCAAGACUUCGUGCCACCGCCAUCCCGCAUUGAAGCUACCUUCUGCACCUGCACCUGCAUAACAGAUCGACCGCAACCAUGAACACCACUGGCUCUUCACCCGAGGCUCCUAAGAGGCCCAAGGGCAUUCUGAAAAACAACAGCUCGUACAUGGGCGAGCACCCUUCUCACGAUCCCCCGUCGCCCACAAACACACAUGCCACCAUUCAGAGCAACACUCCCAGCCACCCUGACCGCCCCGCCAUGAACCGCGAAAUGUCCGAGAAAGAGGUUGUCCAAAUGAACACAGAGAUCAAUGCCGGCGGUCGUCGCAACUCUUCGAAUCCUCGUGGCAGCAUUUCGCGUCGCCAAUCAGCUGUCGAUGGAAGCCAACAAGGAGAUCACAUGUCACCGAGACUGAAAUGGGACGAGGGCAACCUUUUCCUGAACGAGAGUCAGAUGGGCGGCAAGAUGAAGAUUGACGAGCCCAAGACUCCCUACGUCGGCCGCUAUGACCCCGACGAGGACGAGGAGAGUUCAGCCAUCAACCCUGACGACCUCAUGGUCGAUGAGCUUGACAAAGCAAAGGUGCUUGAAGGAGAUGGACCUAGCAAGAAGAAGCCCCGUGAGGUCGACAUUCCCGAUCUCGACCUUGGAGAGCCUGAGCAGGAUACGCUCGAGCGCAGACCCAGUGAUUCUGAGAAGAGAGUCAUGGUUGACCCCGAUCAAAUGGACAUCGACGGCGCAAGACAUGGCGAGACUCCCGAGAACAUUCCCCAGGAAGAAAGGGAGAAGCAUGAGAAGUUUGAGAACAUGAGGAAGAAGCACUACGAGAUGCACAACAUUAAGAACUUGCUUGGACAUGGUGCUGAGGAACUCGACGACGAGUAAUCCAUUCUAUCUCACUUAAACAAUUGACGCGAUCAAGAAACACGGGUCUCUCUCUUCUAUUUCGUAUUUCCUUUUGCAUAGCGGCGUUUAUACAUCUGGGAUGCGUUGCAUGAACAACUUUGGGAAAACAAAGGCGAUGGUGGUACAGAUUGAUGGACUUUUUGCAAUCAGAACAUAUCUCGUUUUU